CCGUUUCACGACAUGUUGCCAUUCGCUUUGCGGCAGUGUGGCCGUCCCGGCGCUUGGCGGCGGCCAUGGCGGCGCGGUUCAGCGGCGUGCUGCAGCUCACGGAUCUCGACGAUUUCAUCGCUCCCUCGCAGGAAUGCAUCAAGCCUGUCCAAGUGGACAAGAAGCCUGGGAAAGCAGCAGCCAAGAUCAGAAUCGAAGCUGAUGGGAGCUAUUUCCAGGUCAAUCAGGAUGGGGAAGCACAAAAGCUGGAAAAGGCCAAAAUCUCCCUGAACGAUUGCCUGGCCUGCAGUGGCUGCAUCACCUCAGCUGAGAGUGUCCUGGUGAGCCAGCAGAGCCACGAGGAGCUCUGCAAGCUGCUGGCCCUCAACAAGGCUGCUGCUGCCCAUGAGCAGAAGUUGGUGGUGGUGUCUGUGUCCCCCCAGUCCAGAGCCUCCCUGGCUGCCAGGUGCAAGCUGGGGCUGCUGGAGACAGCUCAGAAGCUCACCAUGUUCCUCAAGAGCCUAGGUGUGCACUACGUGUUUGACACAACCUUCUCCAGGAAUUUCAGCCUCCUGGAGAGCCAGCAGGAGUUUGUGAGACGCUUCCAGAGACGGGCAGAUGACAAAAAGGCUCUGCCCAUGCUGGCCUCUGCCUGCCCAGGCUGGAUCUGCUACGCAGAGAAAACCCACGGCAGCUUCAUCAUUCCCCACAUCAGCACCACCAAAUCCCCCCAGCAGGUCAUGGGCUCCUUGGUCAAGGGCUACUUUGCAGAGCAGCAGCACCUGUCCCCUGACAGGAUCUACCAUGUCACAGUCAUGCCCUGCUAUGACAGAAAGCUGGAGGCCUCCAGGCCAGACUUUUUCAACCAGGAGUACCAGACCAGGGAUGUGGAUUGUGUCAUCACCACAGGAGAAGUGCUAAAGCUGCUGGAGCAAGAAGGAGUGUCCCUGGCAGAUGUAGAUCCUGCUCCCCUGGACACCUUGCUCGGUGUCCCCUCGGGGGAGCUGCGCGGUCACGCCGGGGGUGGCUCCGGGGGGUACCUGGAGCACAUCUUCACCCACUCAGCACUGCAGCUCUUCGGGAUCCACGUGGACUCCAUCCACUACAGACCUCUCAAGAACAAGGACUUCCAGGAGGUGACCCUGGAGAGGGAUGGGGAGGUGCUGCUCCACUUUGCUCUGGCCUAUGGAUUCAGGAACAUCCAGAACCUGGUGCAGAAGCUGAAACGAGGGAAGUGCCCCUAUCACUACGUGGAGGUCAUGGCCUGUCCCUCAGGCUGUUUGAAUGGAGGAGGGCAGAUCAAACUGGAGGGGGAAUCCAGCAAGGAGGAACUGCAGAAGGUGGAGAGGUUGUAUGAAUCCCUGAGGGCUGAGGUUCCAGAGGAGAACCAGGCAGUGAGGGAGCUCUACCAGCACUGGCUGGGGGGCUGGGGCUCAGACAGAGCCCUGCAGGUGCUGCACACACAGUACCACGCUGUGGAGAGAGCAAACUCUGCCCUCAACAUCAAAUGGUGAGGGCUGGCCAGCCCAGGAGAUCCUCAGUGCCUUCUGAGCUCAGAGCUCUGAUCCUCCAGGAUUGUGUCCUUCCUGCCCCUGGGAACAUCCCUGGCACUGUCCAUCCCUUCAGGUGGACUCAGAGCUCUGAUCCUCCAGGAUUCUGUGCCAUUCCUGGGAACAUCCCUGGCACUGCUCAUCCCUUCAGCUGGACUCAGAGCUCUGAUCCUCCAGGACUCUGUGCCAUUCCUGCCCCUGGGAAUAGGCCUAGCACUGCUCAUCCCUUCAGCUGAACUUAGAGUUCUGAUCCUCCAAGGACUAUGUGCCAUUCCUGGGAACAUCCCUGGCACUGCUUUUCCUUCAGCAGGACUCUGAUCCUCCUCUGUGCCAUCCCUGCCUCUGGGAAUGGGCCUGACACUGCUCAUCCCUUCAGCUGAACUCAGAGCUCUGAUCCUCCUCUGUGCCAUCCCUGGGAACAUCCCUGGCACUGCUCAUUCCUUCAGCUGAACUCUGAUCCUCCAAGGACUCUGUGCCAUCCCUGCUUGUGGGAACAUCCCUGGCACUGCUCAUCCCUUCAGCUGAACUCUGAUCCUCCUCUGUGCCAUCCCUGGAACACCCCUGGCACUGCUCAUCCCUGCAGCUGAACUCAGAGCUCUGAUCCUCUGUGCCAUUCCUGGGAGCAUCCCUGGCACUGCUCUCCCUUCAGCUGGAGGAUGAGGUGAUGGCAGUGAGCCCCAGAGUGUGGCAGGACACAGAGCAAGAGAGGCAGAAAUGCAUCCCAGGCUGGUGGGACAGAGCCUGCCCUGCUGCAGCAGCCCCAGCCCUGCCAGAGCUGAGGCAAACAAGGAUUCAGAGCUUUGUGCCCCAGCCCAGACUGCUCCCCCAGGCCCUGCUGGAUGGUCACAGCACUCAGUGCUGUCCCUGCCUCUGCUGGAGCAGCCUCAUUUCAUCAGGAAUGCUCUCACAGGGCCUGGAGUCCUCACAGCUCCUGCCCUGGAGAGGGGGAUCCAAAGCUGGCAUCAUCCCUGGGGCUGCACUGGAUGCUGGACAAACCCUUGUGAUUCCUUUCCCUUCAAUUAUAAUUAUUUAUACCCAGGGUGGUGCCUUCUCUCUCUUUUCUUCCUAAACACACAGCAGGGAGUCACAGAAUUGUCACACUCAGCCACUCGCAGCAGCCACUUCCUGAGGGAUAAUGUCCCUAAAUCCAGACAAAACAGGCACUUACUGAUGGCUAACACCCCAAAAUUACCACAAAAUAAUUCCUGCCCUCGGGGCUGGCAGCAACCAAAGCCUCCUCUGCACUUUAUCCUAAUGAAUCCACAGAGCAAAAUGGGAUUUUCAUGGUUUUAAUGAAAAGCUUUCCAUUUUUCAGCUGCUGCUGAUCAUUAAUGACCUCACAGUGUUCUAAGGCAUCGACCUCCCCCUGCUGCCCCCUCCCCACCUUCCUGAGGAGC